AUGCACUCCCAACAGUCCAAAACACUCCUCGCUCUCCUCCUUUCUCAUGUCCUCACAAUCUCCGCAUCUCCCGCUUUAAUUCCCAUCAAAGUUCGCCAGGAGCUUGCUCCUGUCCCUUCAAACUUCAAUCCCGGAACUUUGGCCGUCCAACCUAACAAUGGCGGUGGCACCUCCGACGACUGCGGUAGCGGUCCUAUCACCCUCGAUCGCGAUACAUGGAAUAGCCGUAACGUAGACCAAAUAAUCAACGAUAUGUUUUCAUCCCGAAUGUCUGAUCCCAGUUUCGAUUUCCAUCAAGAAUUUGGUAAUAAGUAUAACGUGGAUUUCUACUGUCCAAAUAGUUUCGAUAAUUGCGAAACUACACCACCCAGUUGUAGCUCAUUGAAUGGAACAGUGACGGAAAAAGAACAGGGAUGGUUGGGUAUUAAGGCCAUGAUGAAUGUGCAGCAAAUGUAUUUGCAGUGGGAGAAAGUGAUGAGUAACUCGGUUGAUACACUUACACAGACGAGUGUGGAUUUUCAAUCUAACUUCGCUCCCACCACCCCAGGUGCAAAAGUCAGCGCCAAAAACACCGUAACCGUCAUAUCCGGCGGCCUCGCCAUAGCCGCCGUAAUCGGUACCUUGUGGAUACCUGGCGCUGCUGCAUUCACACUCCCCGUCCUCGGUACACAAAUCACAGCCGGGAUGCUAACAGUCGGUGCUGGAGUUGGUGCCGGAGUUACUACUUUGGCAGGCACUAUUACCAAUGAUGUGCAAGAUGGUCAAGAAUCGGAUGAGCUUAGCGUGUUGCAAAUCUCGGAUCUCUUACCGGCGAUGAAACAGUUGGCGUUGAGUGGUUUGGAGUUUUCACAUAAUGGGACGUUUAGUAAUGGGAUGGUGAGUGGGAAUAGUGUCGGGAAUAUGAAAGAUCUUCUCCUCGGUGGUGCAUUUUCCGGUUCCGAUAUCCUCCAAGCAUAUGUUGGUGGUGAAAAUGGACUCGAUGGAUUAUUUUCCCGCUACGCAGCUAUCCAACUUCUUCAAGCAUAUUGGGAAGCACAAAAUGCUUUUUUCAUCUAUAUUCCCGAUGUUACGAGUAAUUGUCAAGGUUGGCAUGGAAAUACAGGUGGAAAAGAUGCUGGUGAUCCAAGAAGAUAUUGUGGUGAAAAGGGCAUGAUGAUUUUAGCAGGCGUGGAUAAUAAUUCGAAGUUUUCCGCGCCACAGGGAAUUGAUAAUGGGAAGGUGGCUUCAAUUGGAGGAUUUAAUAUUCCCCUUCAAUCCCUUUAUGAAAGUACAUAUAAUAUGUACACUGGCCAUGGUCUUGAUUCCUACAAAGAUCUCCCUUACCAUCUUAACAAUAUAGCACAGGAAUACGUCGGUAAUAAUGAUGCGAAUAAAGCAUAUACAACUGCCGGAUUCUUUACACUUCCAGUUUGUGAAUUGAAGGCAGAAGAUUGGAAACAGAGUGAUAAUAUGCAUAAGAGUCCUCCAUGCGAUUGUUUUUGUGCACAAGAUGCUUGGGGUCAUAAAUUCAUAGAUUAUGCUUCUCAGCCGAUUAAGACUUGGCUUCAAGGUUGUCCAGCUUGUUCUUAG